AUGUUCAUUAAAAACGAGUACAUUGGUGACAAAAGCAGGCUCGAGGACUGGAGGAUUAAGGGCUACGACCCACUGACUCCGCCGAAUGUGCUCCAGCACGAGCUACCUGUCAGUGCAAAUGGGCGCGCGAUAAUUGUACGGGCACGCGAGGGGGUGGUUCAAGUGCUUUCCGGCAGGGAUGACCGGCUUCUGGUUGUGGUUGGGCCCUGCUCCAUCCACGACCCCGAGGCCGCUCUGGAAUACGCGCAGAGGCUUAGCGAGGUGGCCUCGCGGCUGCGCGGGGAGCUGCUGGUUAUUAUGCGUGCGUAUCUGGAAAAACCGCGGACCACGGUGGGGUGGAAGGGGCUCAUCAACGACCCCGACAUCGAUAAUUCGUUCCAAAUAAACAAGGGAUUGCGUAUCUCGCGGGAGAUGUACACGCAGCUGGUGGAGCACAUUCCAAUUGCGGGCGAAAUGCUAGACACCAUAUCGCCGCAGUUCUUAAGCGACUGCUUCUCCUUGGGCGCCAUUGGCGCCCGGACGACAGAAUCGCAGCUGCACCGUGAGCUGGCUUCUGGACUAUCGUUCCCGAUCGGAUUCAAGAACGGGACAGAUGGCUGCUUACAGGUUGCUAUUGACGCUAUGCGUGCCGCUGCUCACUCUCAUUACUUUCUUUCGGUUACCAAGCCUGGAGUGACUGCGAUUGUUGGGACUGAAGGUAACGAGGACACCUUCAUCAUUCUACGCGGUGGUAAAGAUGGCACAAACUAUGACGCUGCCAGUGUACAACAGGCUAAGCAGGACUUGGUCAAUGCGAAGCUAGUUGACAGCGCUGGGGUCCAGCGGAGGAUUAUGAUUGACUGCUCGCAUGGAAAUUCCAACAAGGAUUACCGCAACCAGCCGAAAGUCGCCCAAGAUAUCUAUGAGCAGCUGAGUAAAGGUGAGAAUGCCAUUUGUGGGGUGAUGAUUGAAUCCAAUCUUGUAGAGGGGCGGCAGGAUAUCCCCGAGGGGAACGGUCGUGUGGGCCUAAAGUAUGGUUGUUCGAUCACCGACGCGUGCAUAGGCUGGGAUCAAACAGUAGAAGUAUUAGAGCUGCUUGCAAAGGGCGUCAUAAACAAGAGAGCUGUAAUGUCGACAAAUUAA